UUGGCACGCUGCAAGGGGUUGUCCAACUGGAGGGGGCGGGGCGCCCAAGGGUACUUUAGACCUCCAAGCUCAGGGGCGCUAGCUACCCUGACCUGAGGCGGCGUGCAAUCAUGGACCACGGGGCGGCUGCAGCCCUGGGAACUGCCCCGCCUCAGGAUGGAGAGCAGCCCUCUGAGUCUUCAGAGCCGCCGCCGCCUUGGCCACCGCCGCAACUCCUACCACCGGCUUUUUCACCGCUCCGUGCGCCUUCGCCCGAGCCGGCACAACAGUUCUGUCUAGAGCCUGCUCCACAACCCUGUCCGGAGACGACCCCAGUACCAGCCACAGAACCAAAUACAGAACCGGCCCCCGAGCCGCCCCCAGAACCAGCCACAGAACUAGACACACAGCCGAUCUCAGAACCAGCCCCAGAACCGGUCCCCGAGUCGGCUCCAGAACCAGCCCGAGAACCGGCUUCACAGCAGACCCCAGUACUAGCGAUAGAACCGGCCACAGAACCAGCCCCAGAGUCCUGUCCUGAGCUGGCUACAGAAUCCUGUACGAAGCCGAGUCCAGCACCUCAUCUAUUGCAGUGCCUAGUGAUCACUCCAGAAACGGGUCUGAAGACCUCAGCAUCGCCGCAAACGUCAGUGCCCUUGUCCACGCCUAUGUCUUGGAAAAGACUUCAGAAAAUACUGAAGGAAGGACCUCUGCUGAAGAGCUGUAACUCCUUCAAGAGAUGGAAGCUUAGAUAUUUUCUGGUUCAAGGACAAAAGCUCUGCUUUGCUCACCAUCCUGCGUUUGCACAUUUUGAAACAAUUGAUCUGUCUCAGGUCGCCUUGGCUGAAACUAGCUGUAGAAACCUUUGUCACAGUUUUUGUGUGAUCACACCACAACGAAAACUUAUCCUGGCUGCACCCACCCGGAAAGACAUGGAAGAAUGGAUUAACGUCAUAAAAACUGUUCAACAGGGAGAAAUUCAUAAGAUACCUACGGUAGAAAACAACCCUUUUCUUGUUGGAAUGCACUAUUGGUAUUCCAGUCCCAGCCUCAGGACCCAGCACUGCAAUGUUUGCCGGGAGAGCAUUCCUGCCUUGUCUAGAAAUGUUAUCAUCUGUGAAGUAUGCAAAGUGAAGACUCACAGAUUAUGUGCUUUGAGAGCAAGCAAAGACUGUAAGUGGAAUACCUUGUCCAUCACUGAUGACCUCCUCUUACCUGAAGAUGAACUAAAAACUAUGCCCCAUCAGUGGGUAGAAGGAAAUAUAUCUGUUAAUUCUCAGUGUGCAGUAUGUCAUGAGAACUGUGGCAGUAACCAAAGACUUCAAGACUUUCGAUGUCUCUGGUGUAAUUCUAUGGUGCAUGACAACUGUAGAAGACGGUUUUCCAAGGAAUGCUGGCUUGGAAGUCAUCGAACAUCAGUCAUUCCUCCCACUGCCCUAAGCGACCCUAAAGGAGAUGGCCAAUUAGUAGUAUCUUCAGACUUCUGGAAUCUUGAUUGGUCAUCAGCCUGUUCGUGUCCCCUUCUCAUCUUCAUCAACUCCAAAAGUGGCGAUCAUCAAGGAAUUGUCUUCCUCCAAAAAUUUAAGCAAUACCUUAACCCAUCGCAAGUGUUUGACCUGUCGAAGGGUGGACCUGAAGCUGGGCUGUCCAUGUUCAAGAACUUUGCUCGCUUUCGCAUUAUAGUUUGUGGAGGAGAUGGUAGCGUGAGCUGGGUCUUAUCUCUGAUUGAUGUCUUAGGAUUGCAUGAAAAGUGUCAGCUGGCAGUCAUCCCUCUUGGAACCGGCAAUGAUCUGGCCCGUGUCCUAGGCUGGGGUGCAUUCUGGAACAAAAACAAGUCACCCCUGAAUAUCCUCAACAGAGUAGAGCAGGCUAGUGUGAGGAUCCUAGACAGAUGGAGUGUGAUGAUCCGCGAGACUCCCAGACAAACCCCAUUGCUAAGAGGACAAGUUGAAAUGGAUAUACCUACAUUUGAGGCUGCUGCCAUCCAACAUUUAGAAUCUGCAGCCACUGAGUUGAACAAAAUCCUGAAGGCCAAGUACACCACAGAGGUGAUCAUCGCAACCAGAUUCCUGUGUUCAGCAGUGGAAGAUUUUGUGGUUGAUAUUGUAAAGGCCUGGAGUCAGAUAAAACAGAACAAUGCAGCAAUAGAGUCUGUGAUUUUGAAAAGUGACAUAAUGUAUGAUAAGCUCAGUGUCCUGAUUGAUGUCCUGGCUGAGGAGGCAGCAGUUGAGAAGAGCGCUACAGUAUGUGAAGACAGUGGCAAGGCAGAUGGAAAGCCCUUCAUCCUUCAAAUAGACCACAUAGCCAAGUGCAAGUUGGAGCUGGCUACAAAAGCCAAGAAUCUCCAGAAAUCGUUGAAACUCAUAAUAUUCCAAGUUGAGCAAGUUCUGGAUGAACAGAGCCGACAGGCAAUAUCAGUUAAGAAUUUUACUUCAACUUUCUUCCCUGAAGUAGACUCAGAAGAUAUUAACCAGAUGAACCCAAGAUACCGUUCUUGUUGUGGCAUUUCUAUUCCUUCUCUCAAAAGUGAAGACCUAGAUAACCUUAAUUUGGACCACUUACAUUUUACACCUGAAACUAUCCGUUUCAAAGAAAAGUGUGUCAUGAACAACUAUUUUGGAAUUGGACUGGAUGCUAAAAUUUCUCUGGAAUUCAACACCAGAAGAGAUGAACACCCAGGACAAUACAAUAGCCGCCUUAAGAACAAGAUGUGGUAUGGCCUUUUGGGAAGCAAGGAACUUUUGCAGCACUCUUACAGGAAACUGGAAGAACGGGUACACCUGGAGUGUGAUGGAGAAGCCAUAUCCUUGCCAAACCUGCAAGGCAUUGUAGUGCUUAACAUUACCAGCUAUGCCGGAGGCAUCAACUUCUGGGGAAGCAGCACAGCAACCACAGAAUACGAGGCUCCUGCAAUAGAUGAUGGGAAGCUGGAGGUUGUGGCGAUCUUUGGGUCCAUACAGAUGGCAAUGUCCCGUAUCAUCAAUCUGCAUCAUCAUCGCAUCACCCAGUGCCGUGAGGUGAUGAUAACCAUUGAUGGUGAAGAAGGUAUCCCAGUGCAGGUGGAUGGGGAGGCCUGGGUUCAGAGUCCAGGCAUUAUCAAGAUUAGAUACAAGAAUGCUGCCCAGAUGCUGACAAGAGAUCGGGACUUUGAGAACUCAAUGAAAAUGUGGGAAUGCAAGCAUACUGAAAUUCAAGCUGCCUCUCGACCUCAGUUGAACUCCCAGGAAUCUCAAGGUGGCCUCUCUGAUGAGGAGUCUGCCAAGAUGCAGCUCUUAGCUCAGCUUGCAGAAAAUCUCAUAAGCAGGCUUACUAACCUAAGCAAGGUCAACCAGCAUGUGUCUGUCCUCAUGGAUUCUGUGAAUGCCAGUGCCAACAUCCUGAAUGAUGUAUUUUAUGGCCAAGACAGUGACAAUGAGGCAGGUGCAGCUUCUUGUACUCCCAUAAAGAUUCUAAGCAGAAAUGAUGCAGUAGAUGUUACAUUUAGUCUUAAAGGUCUCUACGAUGACACCAAAGCUUUCCUGGAUGAAAACUUGUUGAAAAAUGCUGAGGAUGAGGCCAUACUGCAAAUCACCCUGGAUGCCAUGAAUAAAGUGUUUGAAAAACUAUCUGAGAUCAACUGGAUGAAUUCAAUCCUUGUUCCAGAGGAAGAAUCUUCAGACACUGACAGUAGAAGCCUCAGAUUGAAAGUUAAGUUCCCCAAAUCGAGGAAGAAGAAGCUAGAAGAGGAAGACAAGCCUAGAUCAGGUCAAGGAGUCCAGGAUUUUAUUGGAAAUUUGUGGCAUCGCAGAUAUCAUGAAGACAUAGCAAAAAUUGAUGGCCCUCCAACAUCAUCAACAUUUCAACUAUAGCCCUUUAAAGCUGGAAGGAGAAUUCACAACAUUUAGAAUUCUACUAAAAACUCUCAAAACCUCAGUACAGGCUAGACUAAAUUAUUUCAGAACAAACAUGAGCACCACCAAGAAAGAGCCUCGAAAUUCAUUACACUAACACAUUUUUCCUGGAGUCAAUCAGGUCUCCUUAGAGUCAAUCAUCUCAUUGGCCAAAGAUUCCUGCUCUGAGUUGUCUUAUUCAGUUAUUCUCUUUGUGCACCUUGAGCAACUACAGCAUUUAAUGGGGAUAAGUUCUUUAUGAAUGGCCUGGGAUCUACAAAGGAUUCAAAGGAGUUCACCUCUUCAUGAAGUUUGAGGAUGGUUUUCUCUAACAGAAACUACUGAUGCUAGGGAAUGAAUGAAAUACUCUCAGGGAGAUGAGCAGAGGGGUCAGGAUCACCAGACUUGGUUGUGUUUCUCCCCCAGUCCUGCCAGUUGCAACUUGAAACUUCAGGAGGUCUCUUCUUCUUGGCUUAUUAAGAUGAGAAUGAAGUCCUGGGGAUUUGUCCAUUUGCCUAUUACAAUGAUCACGUGAAAUAUUUCCUCAUAAACGUGGAUAAUGCUCUCUCUGCAAAUUUUUUUCUUUUUCCCAUGUGUGCAUGUAUGUCUUUGCACAUGUCCAGGUGGUGCUCCUGUGGCUGUGUGGGCCCACUGGUUGGAAUUCACCCCAAUGGCAACCAUACAGGCUCCCUUUCUACUACCUUGAUUCUAGCCUGCAUGCUUCCAUGGAGUGUCUGCCUGCAUUCUUGCUGGCUUUUUUAACUCAAAUGUUUUGCUGCUGUGCUGCAGUAUAGAUUAUGUAUAGAGACAUAAACAUGUAUAUAUUAUAUUAUAUAUUUUUAAGAGCUGAGAAUACAACUUGACCUCUAAGUGACCCUAUAAUUUAUUCUGCUAACCCAGGAAUCCCUCCCCACCCUGAUCCCAUCUCCCACCCCCAUUAAUUUCCAUGCACAUGCACACACACACACAUACCCUCCACCAAUUGCCCUAGCACUUGAUGGAACUUCUAGUCUUUUGGUGCAUUUUCAGCAUCUUUGAAGUAGCUGGAAUCUAUCAUCUACAGCCCAGCUGAUCCUGACACCCUCUUAAAAUUCUGAGCCAGGCCAUGGAAAGGAGAACAAAACACCAAUGCCCUAGGGAAGGGGGCUAAGCUAUUAUGCUGCCUUUUUUGCUCUAUUUGUCCUGGACUCUAAAUUAGCAACUUUCCCAACCUGUGUUGUCUCCCUUCUAAAAAAAAAUAAAUAAAAAAAAUUUAAAAAAAGACCAGAUAGAGCAAACAGGCCUUGAAUUCUGUGACUUUGAUGCCUGAGCUAGAAACUGCCUGACAAUCAAGUUAACAGCCUAGACCCUUCCCCACCAGCUCCAUCUUGGCCUGCAACUUCUAGACAGGCUGUUGGGUUAGUCCCCAAAUCAUCUUUGAAUUUCCCAUCAUCCUUCCCUGGAGUACAGGAGCCAUUCAGAGUGACCAGAAAGAACAUGGGCCUGGAAAAAAAGAGGCUAAGAGUCUCUGCUUCUCCCAUGUUUCUUCCAAAUUUCCAU